AUGUCUGCCGUUGGCUCUUUAAUCUUCUGCACUUCCUGUGGUAACUUGUUGGACGCCAGCGGGUCCCAAAAAGCGUUGGACUGUAAGGUUUGCAGUGCUUCAUACCCUGCCGACACAUUUGCCAACCUUAAGGUUGUAACACAAUCAGCUGAAGAUGCUUUCCCAUCCAAAUUAAGAAUGGAUAGAUCUGUUGUGAAGACUUCCUUGAAGAAAGAUGAGCUUGACGAAGGUGCUACCAUCAAGGAAAAAUGUCCAAAGUGUGGUAACGAAGAGAUGCUGUACCAUACCUUACAACUUAGAUCAGCUGAUGAAGGUGCCACUGUUUUCUACACCUGUACUGGUUGUGGAUACCGUUUCAGAACGAAUAAUUAG